AUGAAGACACACCUCUCACCAAAGAUGUCAUUUUCCGGCCAAAAAGAGAAGCUACGGCUCUCUUUCCUGUCAAUCGAACCAACCAAAAAUCCCCUGAAGAUCUUUGUUGCUGCUUUCUUGUUUCCUUCUUCGAUUGCUGCCAGAAACUCCUCGUCGGAGGUGUUGUUUUCUCCCAAUGAACAAGGAGGCAUCAACAUUGUUAUUUUUGCCCUCACCUGUUCCCAUCGAUCACCACAGGAGCAGCCCUUCUUACUACCUGUUGUCGCCUUCGUUUCCUACCCCUUCGAACAGCUGGAAGCAUCGAUGAUGUUCCCCCAGUUCACCCACUGCCAGCCACCUCCUUGCUGUCUGCCCUUCCCCUCGAUUUGA